GAAAUUUAGUCCCAAUUUUGGCUAGAAACUUCCAAGCACUUAGUAGUCAAUUGAUUAGUGACCGCAUUCGGUCAAAGGGAGAAUUUUGAAAGAAGCAACUACACCAUAUCUCCAUUUCUUUUUUAUAGAACAGACAGUGCCUCGCUGGCUCGUCUUUGAACUCCAGCCACACUAGACCUUCUCUCCAGAAUCCAUAUCAUCUCUCUUUCUCUCUCUAGGUUCUGUAACCAAACCCCUUUUCUCUCUCUAAGACUACACCGUUUCUCUCUCUAAAAUCUCAACUCUUCUAUUCACUGUGUUUCGGCGUCGUGAAGGGGUGGGGAAUUUGGCCGGGCUUUUAUUGGCACAAAGUCUCUUUAAAUGAUUGCCUGGUUUUAAAGAGCAGCGGGUCGGUCAGUGCUGGUUGUUGCUAAAGCAGUCAGUUCGGUUACUCCUGCUCAUGUCCUGGGUCUAGAGAGAGAAAGUAGAGAGAGUGUGUGUGUGUGGAGGAUCAUCUUGGGUUUCAAACGGCCAUCGUCUUAAUUGCUUCGAUGUGUAACUGUGUUCAUUAUCUCUCCUGCGUAUCGACUACCUAAGUAGCAGAGAACAGUGACUGGUACUUGAGCAACGAGUGAGGGGAACACGAUGGCAGAGUGCAGCUUUCUUAAUCUCUUUCAAGGAACUGGUUUGGGUUUAUUGCUACUUAUUUGAUUGCUGCUGCAUCUAAAAUAGGAGAAGUAACUCUGUGUUAUUCCGAGUUCAAGAAAGAAGGAUGGAGGGCUCUCAUUCGUCUUCGUCCACGGCUCCGGAUCGUCACGGCGAACACCUCGGCAUCAACAGACAGUCCCAUAAGAUAUCCAAACCCACCAAAAAACCGAGCUCCAUACAUCAUCAGCAGCAACAGGCGGCAGCAGCAGCGGCAGCCAAUAUGAACAACGCGAAACCGCAACAGGCGGCGGCACAGCCCCCUGUGUACAAUAUAAAUAAGAAUGAUUUCCGCAACGUGGUGCAGCGGCUGACGGGCUCGCCUGCCCCGCAGGACCGCUUCUCAGUUCCUCCACCAAUCCACCCUCCCAAGCCCGCAAGCCUCCGCCUCCAGAAGAUCCGCCCUCCUCCCUUGGCCCCCAUCGUUACCAACAAACCCCAAACCCAAACUCCCCCCCCCUCAUUUCCUAACUCCGCCAAAAACCCUAAUUCCUCAUUGUUAGGCCUUCCCAAUAAUAAUCCUCAAGCUCGACCUCCUUUGGGUCCACUUCUCGCUCCGCCUUUCCCACCAAAUGACUCAGCGUGGGCAAAUAUGGCUGAGUCGCCAAUGACUGCCUAUAUGCAGUACCUUCGAUACUCAAUUGUGGACUCUGGGUUGCAGCCGGGCACGUUUCCCCCACCACAGUCACCGGGUCUGCCCCCGCUACCGCAGCGUUUACCAUCACCACGGCAGAGUAGUCUGCCUCCUCUACUUCCAUCUCCGACGUCUCAGUUCUUGUUACCUUCACCAAGCUUGUAUUUGCCCCCCCUUUCCCCAUUCCCGCUGCCGUCACCUGGUUCACAGUUUCCACCGCCACAUGCCAUGAAUUCCUUCAUUCCCUUUUCCCCUACUUCUCAGUUUGGGAUCCCUGGGGGUGGCCUUCCCCUCCCUCCUUCUCCUGGUUUUAUGUUCCCGUUAUCACCAGCUGCGAGGUUCUCACUUCCCAGCCCAAAGUGGAGAGACCCAUGAAAAAAGUAACUCGUCUUUGCCUAUUUGGUGCUUUAAAGGAUAUUGAAGGGGGAAGCUUUGCUGGCCUGAGCCGUUAGCUCAUUACUGAUUUUUUCUUUGAGGUAUCAAUGGAAAGUAUGACUUCUUUUGCAGGGCCUUGGAAUAUUAAAAUAUAGGAUAACUUGCCAGUGUAACAUAAAAAUUGAAUACUCCAUGCCAUCAUCAUUGGUAUCAAAGGCACAUACUCCUUCGGAUGGGUCGAAAUCUGAAUCCAAACUACUAUGAAUCUUGAUUCCAAGUUUGGUUGAAUCUCGAUUCCGUACUCGUAUGAAUCUUGAUUCAAAAUGUCUAGGGAUCUCGAUUCCUAAGAUGUUGUAAUCUUGAUUCCAUAAAUGAAGGAAUCUCGAUUCCAUUUUGUCGGAAACUUGAUUUCAUAGAGCUAGGAAUCUUGAUUUUAUCCAUGUAGGGAUCUCGAUUCUAUUUUGGUUGAAUUUCGAUUCCUAUAAAAUAGAAUCUUGUUUCCCCACGAUUUCUCUUGUAUGGAUGUCAAUUUAGAAAACAUGAAUCUUCUAGCCACUGCGGUUCAGCGAUUCCGAUUCCUAAAAUUAUUCGGAUUCAGAAUCGUUUCCAACGACUCGGAUUUCGUCUUUCUUGGGGCUUGUCAUAUUUACUACAUUGACCAUAGAUGGAUCCAUGGUCGCUGCUUGCGGGACGCAUGUCCAUGGAUGCUUGAAUGUAUGUUCGCGCAUAUUCCAACUCGAUAGCCCUAUCAACAUCUCCUUUCACCACAAAUAGCGUGAGACCAACGGCAUGGUGGACAAUCUGACUAAACAAUGUGCCCUUAGGGCAAGCCUUAUCAUCAAUCACUCAGAUAUCAGCACAUCUGCAGCUCCGUUUAUAUUAUCUUUCUCGAGCAAUUUUUUAGCAAUCCCAUAUUUCCUCACAUGACCAUUUUAUUGUAAGACCUAUCUUUUUAAUUCUUUUACAACAAAUACAAUGUGGUGCAAACUUUAACAUAUGCUUCUAUUUUAUACAAUCUGUGUUAUUAAAAAAAGGAAACAGAAAUAGAAUGGUGUUUUCCAUUGGUAAUCACGUAGUUACACUAAAAAAAAAAAAGAAUGGCAUAAACAAAGAUCGUGACAUUCUUGAAAUUAUUAGAGGUGUGUUUAUGUCCUCUUGGGCUCUUCAUAUUUCAUGGAUCUGCUCUCCCUCUGUAAAUUUGAUUUAAGUCCCUAAAUUAGUCCAAACUAGCUUGGAUUUGAAAUGAUUACUUCUAUGGCACUUGAUUAUUCAAAACUGUCUUUAUAUGCAUAUAUUUUACUCUGUCGCAACUUUAAGCCACAAACCUUGCUCCAAUUUCUGUUCAUUUUCAUCGGUCAUUAGAGAGUUUUAGGAAUAACAAUGCUUCUUUUUUGUUUUCUGAUUGAUAUAUAAUAGCAAUGAUUUUCAUCCAUUAAUUUGUUACUACAUGUUUCUUAAAUGUAAUUCAAGUGCACUUAAUCACAUGAAUCCCCUUUGUUUGGAAUAUCUCAGGCUACCUUUUCUGAACCUUAUGUGGAAUACUUUAUGAUGCAAUGAUUGUGGAUGACCUUCAUGCAAAAAGAAUAUGAAGAGUGGAAAGGCAAUAAUAAUUUGUUAUCAAAA